AUGUCCGCCACGAACAACGACCCGCCCCGCGCACCCCGCGUCAAGUAUGCAACACCCCUCGGCACUCGCUGGGAGAAGGAGAAGGCCGCUGCCGGAACAGACGCCUUUGAAUACCCUGACGACGCCAAAUACGUCGGCCCCUGGAUCAUCGGCGAGUGCGUCGGCAAGGGCGCGAGCGGUCGCGUCAAGAUCGCCCGUCACCGUCGUACCGGUCAGCUGGCUGCCGUGAAGAUUCUCCCUCUCGCGCCUUUCCUCACGUCGAGGAGCGCGGCCAACGCUCAGGCCAAGGCUGAGAAGCAGCGUCUCGGUAUCGACAGGGAGAUCAUCAUGAUGAAGCUCAUGAACCACCCCAAUAUCAUGCGCAUAUACGAUGUCUAUGAGGGCGAGAAGGAGCUCUACCUCAUUCUGGAGUACGUGGAAGGCGGCGAGCUCUUCGACUUCCUUGUCAACCGGGGACGGCUCCCGCCGCUGGAGGCUCUGGCGUACUUCAAGCAGAUCGUCUAUGGCCUCAGCUAUGCUCACACGUUCUCGAUCAUUCACCGUGACCUGAAGCCCGAGAACAUCCUCAUCCACUCGCUCAACCCGCCACUCAUCAAGAUCGCUGACUGGGGUAUGGCUGCUUUUGCUCCGCCGACUCUUCAGCUCGAGACUAGCUGCGGCAGCCCUCACUAUGCUAGCCCGGAGAUCGUCAACGGACACAAGUACACUGGGACUGCUACGGAUAUCUGGAGCUGUGGUGUCAUCUUGUAUGCCUUACUGACGGGGCGCCUUCCCUUCGACGACAAGAACGUGCGCACACUGCUCACGAAAGUCAAGGUCGGCAAGUACGACAUGCCGAGCUUCGUCGACCCCAUGGCGAAGGAUCUUCUAUCGCGCAUGUUGGUCGUGGACGUCAACAAGAGAAUCUCCAUGUCCGAGAUGCUGGCUCAUCCCUGGCUCGAAAGUGCGACACCUGGUAUCCUCUACGUCCUGGCGCCUCCUGUGUCUGAGCUUGCGAGGCCACUGCCGUCUGCCCUACAUAUCGACAGUGAUCUCUUUGAGUCUCUCUGCGUCAUCUGGGGUCGACAUGCUGACACCGAGGGCAUUCGCGCUGAUCUCUUGAGCCCAGCUGGGCGUGGCACUCUGGCUAAGGCGUUCUAUUUCUUGCUCCAGAAACAUCGCGAGAAGGCUAUGGAGGAACACGGUAUCCUCAUGGACAUCGAUGGAGUCUUGAACACCCAGGGGAAGGUUAUCCUGAAGCAAUAUGCAGCCCCUCGCUCCAAGCCUGGUAACCGGCAAUCUAUGGAGGUCGACCCAACGACCUCGCCGUCUGUCCCCCACACCCAGCACCUGCGCUCAGACCGUCCCGCACCACAGCCGCCGUCUCGUACACCGUCGCCGAAGCCUCCUCUCGCCAUCACUACCUCUGUGCCUAUGGAACGUGCUCCUUCUCGUCCUCGCCCUCAGUCGCCUGUCGGGCCACGGCCGCAAAAGCCUAAGCCGCAGGCGCCGAGUGCUGUGUCUGCUCCUGGUGUCAUCUUUGCUCCUCGGCCCGUUCCUGCUGCCGUCCCGACCAUCCCUGCUCUUACGACGCCUCGCAUCUCCGACGUCGAGAUGCAGAUGGAUGUGGAUCCCACGACUGCUCCGGAUGCCCAAUCCUUGCCGUGGCCGCCCACCCACAUGCAGUCCGCUCGCGCCUCGCGGCAGGUGCAGUUCCCACAUGACGCUGUACCUCGCCGACAGGUGCGGAUGUCCAGCACGGAACAUCGCAUGGACGUAACAUGGGACAGGGACGCCCGCAGCGAGAACAAGGAGAACGCCACCCGGCAGCCCUCAGCGCGCCCAGCCCAUUCCGAGUGCCAGUCCGGCGGUCUAGGUUUCCACUCUCUCCCGCUGGGGAAGGAGAUGGGCAACAUGGUGUUCAUUCAAGAGGCGACGAACGGACAGCAGGCGAAGAAGGACAAGAAGGCACGGCCGCCCGUCCUGCAGAAGCGCUCCACUUUCUCGGUCGCCUCGCCUCACCUCGGGUCUCCCCCUAUCUCCGGCAUGUCCCCUGCCGUCGGAGAAUUCAAGGGCUGGUUCUCCAACCUCUUCCACUGGAAGGUGCAGUCGUACCUCCUGUACUCCGUCCUGGACCUCGGGACGACGCGCUCGGAGACGACCCGUCUGCUAGAAUACUUCGGCGCCACGGUCGCGAUGGAGGAGAACGGCGGGUGGAGCGUGCUGCGGUGCCGCAUCGACGACAUGCAGGACGCGAGCGGCCUCGUGCAGAAGCAGGUCCGCUUCCGCGUCGAGUUCACGUCGUGCUCGCCGAACGGCAUGGGGACCCCGAACGCGACCCCGCGCCUGUCGCAGAGCGGGCAGCCGUCCGUGUCGGGGCGUAGCCGCGUCGAGAACCUGAGCGGGUACGAGACCGUGCUCGGGUUCGUGCUCGAGAAGGGCUCGGUGUCCGCGUUCAAGGCGCUCUACCACCGACUGCGCGGGGAGUGGCGCCUCGACGCGCUGUGCUCGCCCGCGACGGCGGGAACCAUGGGCGCGCCGCCGCUCAGCAUCCAGCAGCAGUUCAUGGCGUAGGUUCCUUGUCUCGAUUGUGUUUCGUGGUAGCGGAAGAACGGUGACUGUAUGCAUGCCUGGCGCAGGCAAAUAAUCUCUUUCUCGAUUUGUGCCACGAUACUAUACCUUAUACCCUCCGGCUACUCGCCGACAUUUCCACAUGUAACAGUCUCUACUACGUGUCUCACUGGACGAUGUAUUGCCUACCCCUACAACUAGCUCCAACCCUGCGAUAGCUCGCCACCACAUAUAAUAUUGCAA